ACAUAAACUGGGCCGAAAUAUUGCGUCAUAAGUCAAAAGCAAAAACCCUUGGGUUGGUUCAAUGGUUUAAGGAAGAGAAAGGACAACCAUCUCAACUCUCCGUCGCAACUGGUCAUUACCUCUCUUCUUCAUAUCUGCAGUUCGAUUCCUUCAUUAGAAAACUAGGUGUGGGGCUAGUUUCAAUGGCUUUCCGUGGAGGUGCAAGACGUUCUAUCGGAGCUAUCUUAUAUAAGAGGGCGUUAACUAGCAGUGGCAGUAGUAGUACUAGUUUUGCCACUUCUCCGCAUAAAUUUUCUACUUGGGCUUUCACCAAAAGGGCUUCUCUUGAUGAAGCCACACAAACCCAGAUCUCAAUUCCUGCCAAUUACUUAUCUGGUUCUGUCCUCUCCCUCAGAAGAUUUAGUGUGGAAGCUUCUAGUGCUGACCAAAUGAGUCUCAUUAAGCAACUCAGGGAAAGGACUAGUGCCCCCAUCAAAGAUGUUAAAGCUUCUCUCAUUGAGUGCAAUUGGGAUAUUGAGGCUGCUCAGAAGGACUUGAGGAAAAGAGGGAAAGUACUGGCAUCGAAAAAGUCAUCUCGUACCGCUGCAGAGGGACUGCUGGCAUUGGCCCAGAAUGGGAACAGAGCUGCUCUUAUUGAACUUAACUGUGAGACUGACUUUGUUGCUAGAAAUGAAAUAUUUCAACACUUGGCUUUAGCUUUGGCAAAGCAAGCUUUGCUUGUUAACAACUCUUCUCAGCAAGCUUCUGGUAUCCUUCCAGUUAGACCUGAGUAUUUGGAGGAGCUGACAAUAAAUCUUGAACAUCAAAAGAUUUCUGGAGAAACAACUGUUCAAAAUGCAAUUACUGAAGUUGCUGCAAUGAUGGGUGAAAAUGUUAAGCUUAGACGGGGUAUUGUGAUAUCUACAUCGUCACGAGGUGUUGUUUCUACAUAUCUCCACACAAGUCCCCAGCCAGGGUUGGGUCGGAUUGCUGGAGUUUUGUCUCUUGAAGUAGAAGAUGGGAAUUUGCAAUCAGAGGCUCUCCAACGGGUUGGGUCUGAAUUGGCCAUGCAUGUGGUGGCAGCAAAACCAUUAUUCUUGACAAGGGAACUUGUUACUUCUGAUGCAUUAGAGAAUGAGCGCGAAAUUCUUAAGUCUCAGGCUGAAAGCUCUGGGAAGUCUCAGAUGGCUAUAGAAAAGAUGGUAGAAGGUCGGUUACGGAAAUAUUAUGAGGACGUUGUUCUUAUGGAGCAGAAGUUUAUUAUGAAUGAUUCUCUAAAUGUGAAGACAGUAUUAGAUAAUCUAUCUCAAGAAGUUGGAUCUCCUGUCAAGAUUGGGAGCUUUUUCAAAAUGGAAGUUGGAGAAGGAAUUCAAAGGGUUAGGGAGGGAAGUAUGGUGGUUUCGUUGAGUUUGCAGGAUUUCAUAUUGCGAGCUCGAGUAUUAAAGCUAUAUAGGCAAGCACUAAGAACUGCUCGGAGAGCGCCUUCUCAUGCUCGAGGGGAAUUAAGGAGGACAAUUAGGCAGGAGAUGGAGAAUAACAAGAAUUGCAAUGACAAGCAACGAAUUCGGUUUUUGAUGAGUGAAGGAUUAGAGAGAUUGAAAGGUCUAAAUGAGUUGUUGGAUAUACAAGGCCAUCCUUAAUCCUUAGCUUUUCUCUAGUAUCUUGGAGCUUUCAUCCUUCAUCACCUCUAUUUUUCCUUUUCAUGUUAUUUUGCUAUUUAACAAACCCUGGCUCAUAAUAAUAUACAUUUCUUUCUAUUAAAUAUGUGAAAGAGGAUUUUUUUUUCUGUCACUCUAGGGCAUAGGAGGGUGGGAAUUUCUUUGCCAGUGGCUUUGUUGUUUCUUCGUGAAACGUUUAGUUUUCUUGGCUUUAUUCCCUUAUAUAUAUUUAUCUUUUUCGUCGGUUUGUUUCUUCUCUUGAAUUUGAGUGUUGUCUUUGCCAUUAUUUUUCUAGUUUCUGAUAGAGAUUUCUUCUCUAUCAAAGACAAAUUUUAGGAUUAAAUUGAUAAAUCUCUUUAUUUUUUAGAGAGGCUUGGUCUCUCCCAAUAGAGCUAGGCUCUCCCAAAUUAAAAAACAAUCAGGUACCCACUCAAGGCCUUAGGAGUCUAUUUAUACUCUACUGAUACAGCUGUACAUGCUAACGAACAUCCCCCAAGAUUACCCUUCUUCCUAGAGUAAGUAUACCAAAUGGUGGGCCUAACAGUUUUCCACUCCACACUGAAGUGGUUUGUCUUUUGUGGGUUUGAGUAUUGCGUUCUUUCUCCUUUUUGCACGAGAUGAACUCAUAAGAGAUUUUGAAGUUGUGUGAAAAAUUGAACCUUGAUGAGGAUGAUGUCCCUUUUGUUUUUAUACAUCUUGAUAUGUAUGCAAAGAAUAAAGUAUUGAUGGAAUUUUGCUUGAUUGGUAUGGUGUUUGGCAAUAAGAUGCCAAUCAUGAAGGUUUAAACAAUAUGGCAGAACAGGUUUGACGCACCACUCGUAAGAUGAAAGUGGAAUUAAUGGGGGUUACCAAUAUUUUUAAGUCAACUUGGGUCUAAUACCUAUAGGCAUAGAGUCCUUUCCGGUGUGACCUUGAGUUUUGGGAACCAACUCAUUUCUCCCCUCAAAUCUCAAGGGUUGGGAUUGGUUGUCUAUGGGUUUUUCUAAGUUCCUAUGGCAAUUUCGUAAUGUUCUGAUGGUAUGUGAGAAUGGUAUAUGCGUUCAUGAUUAGGGACACCAAGUUUGCUCUACGGCGGAGCUGCAGAGGUAGAUUGUGAAGGGCUAGUUAUGCAAGAAAGAGUGGCUGUGGGUGUGACAAAGCCCUAUGUCGUGGAUUGAGAGGUUUUUUUUUUUUUUUUUUUUGAGGUAAAUAAAUCUGUCUAUGAAUAUCUGCCCUAAAUUUUAUUUUCAACGUGGGAUUAUGGUAAGCCAUGGAGGCUAUCUCUGUCAUUUUUCUAGGUAGUUUACUACUUUGUUUGAAGCACUUGAGUUUGUUAUCAUUGCUUUCUGGUAGUGAUUUUAACAAGAUUCUGCAGUCAGGGAAGAGGAGUGGGAAAUUUAGAGCUUUGUCUGCUAUGAAUUAUUUUCGUGAAGCAUUGGAGGAUUGCGAGCUAAAUGAUUUGGGGUACUCAGAUUCAACUUUUACUUGUAUGAAAAAACAUCCGGUACUGCAUUUGUUCAGGAGUGACUAGAUGGAUUUGUGAGUUCAACUAGUUGGCAUGAUUUGCUUCUAUUAGCUUUGGUGGAGCAUGGUAAUUUCUUCUCCAAUCAUUGCCCUUUGAUGCUUCAGAUGGAUAGGGGCUUAGAGUCUUCUAUGGUGUCUAAUGAGAUGUCCUUUAAAUUUGAGCCUUUUUUGGCUUAAAGAUACUAGGUGUCAUGCGGUGGUGGAGAAUGCAUGGAUGGGUGGGGAUUUGUCUUUGGAUCCUGUCCCCAAUUUUCAACUGUCAAUUGCAAGUUGUGCGAGUGAUCUGAGAAGUUGGAUUUAAAAAAGCCUUUGGCUCUCUUGCCAAGUCCAUCUCUAAGUUCAAGAAACAGCUUGUUCUACUGUAUAAGAGUGAUGAUGUUGCUUCUAAGAUGUAGAUUUGUGGCCUGGAAAAUAAAUUGGAAGAUUUGUUGAGCAAAGAGGAACGUUACUGGAGACAACAAUCUUGUUCAGAUUGGUUGAAAUCAGGCGAUCGUAAUACUGCUUAUUUUCAUUUGAAAGCUUACAAUAGAAAAAGGAAAAAUGGUAUCAAGAGGCUCAAUGAUAAUUUUGGUGUUUGGAUAGAUUUGCAGGAGGAGAUGGUGAAUAUUAUUUCAGUACUAUUUUUCUUUCUUCUUUUCCUGAUAAGAUGGGCGGGUCCUCAACUUAGUAAGUCCAAGUGUCCAUUUCUUUAUAUAUGGCCAAGGUCCUUGAUUCAUCGUUUACUAUUGAUCAUAUUAAGGCAACUCUCUUUCAGAUGGGUGGUGCCACCAAGGCACUUGGUCCAAAUGGAUUUCAUGCGAUCUCUUAUAAAAAAAAUUGGCGUGGUGGGUGACACGAUCUGAAGGGUAUGUUGUGUGCAGACUUUAGACCUAUUAGUCUUUGUAAAGCUAUCUAUAUCUAUGGGAUUAUUACUGAAGUUCUGGCAAAUAGAUUAAAGUUGAUGCUUUCCGCACUUAUCUCGGAGAAUCAUAGUGCUUUUAUUUCUGGAUGAUUUAUUACUAAUAGUAGGAUUGUUGCCUUUUGAGUCACUUCACUCAACUAAUACUGUAGUUUGUUGUUUCUUGUACUGGCAUUAGAUCUACCAAGUCAUUUUUCCCAUAUAUGGUCUGUUUGAGAAGUAAAAUAGAGAAGUUCAGUGGAUAUCUGUAGGCAUGUAAUCUACAGCUUGGUUAUGUUUGUAAAGGCUGCCUUAAUUUUAGUAUGAAUAGAAAUCUUCUGUUCCUAAAUUACCCGUCUCAUUUCUCUCUUUACUUAUUCCUAGUUCUGACUAGGAAUAAUUAGAUGACCAUUUUGUUAUAUACUAAAACAGAGGACAAAGGUUAACCUCAAAAGGCGCUGUCUGCUUUUAUGUGGUUUGUUUGACAUGUAUAACAGUUAUUUAAGUGUAUUUCACAUUCAAGCACUCUUUUAUUUCAAUUUCAGUGACUCUGUAUUUUCAGGAUAGAAAGCUCCAGCGCGUCUGAACCAGUAGCCCAGGCUGUCUAAUAU